GUAGCAAAGACUUUUAAACAUCACACUUCAGGCAAUUUCGAUCCAAAAUGGAGCUAUGCAAAAUUCGAUCAGAAAUUAUUCGGAAGCCAAUUUGGUCCAAAAUUGAUUCUAAUGUACCAAAGCAAAUUUCAUGGUUAGUCGAGAGAACUCCAAUUUUGCCUACCAGACACAACUCUCAGAUCUGCAAGUCAAAUUCUCAAUCGGUUAUUUCAGCCAAUCAGACAACAACCGAAAAAUCUGCUGUCCCAUUGAAAAAAUCCAACUCAGAACAGCUUAGAUUGGUCGAUUCGAAAAGUUCAAGCGAGAUAAUGAAAAAUCAAUUGGAACGCCUUGUUCGGGAGAAUGAAACUUUGAAGCAACUCAUCCAUUUGCUUCGUUCAAGUUUAGAUGAGUGCCAGUACCUGGAUCAGGAGAAUCGUCGGAUAAUCGCUCACUUAGAACUAGAAGUUCGAUGUCUCCGAGAACAGCGAGAAUUCCUAAAGUAUCCCGCGGAACAAUUCCGUCCCAGGGAACGAUUGAGUGACUCUUUGGAAGGGCAUCUAGAGUCUGUACCAGAGAGCAAUGAGCUCAAAUUUUAUCUAACGAAUGAUCGGUUGAAUUUCGAAGAACUGAGAAAACAAAAACGAGCUGAAAUAAAGCAGCGAAUAUUAGUUAAGAAAUAUUCCAUUUGAUAGUUGUGUGUUUUAAGG